AUGGCAGCUGAGAAAAAGCUGUUGAUGACGUCGUACACUCGCAUGAUUGACUCUAUUGAGUCACGUGCUGAAAAAUUAUUAAUUUUCGUGCGUUCUUUUGAUACCGAGAAACAAGAUAAAUUACUUCUCGAAGAUAAACUAGAUACGGUUGAAGCUAUGCGUUCUUUAUUUCAUGAGACUGAGGUUAAGUUGUACGGCGUGAUUAAGGAAGAUGAGGUGCAAUCUUGGCAGAUGACUAGUGAGAAGUUAGGAGAUAUGUUUGAUGAAAUUCGGCAUCGUAUUCGUAGCACGUUGCGGGAAUGUAACCAACCUAAGCCCGUAAGUGCCCAAGUCGCGGUUGCUCCUACACAGCAAACACAGUCGAAACUGCCAGAAAUUCCCCUCCCUCGUUUCAAUGGCCAGUUAGAGGAUUGGAUCUCCUUCAAGGGUCAGUUCAAUUCACUUGUUAAACGCCGAGAAGGUCUUUCGGAGAGUGAAAAGUUGUUUCAUCUAAAGGCCGCUAUUCAAGAUGGCGCAGCUCGCCAUGUUCAAUCUGCUGAAGACACGUUUUCGUCUCUCUGGAGAGCUUUUUGCGGUGAAUUUGAGAAUAAAAGGUUUCUCGUUGAUAAGCACAUUGCCCAGUUGUUCCAUGUAAAGCCAAUAUUUCAGUCAGCGUUGCGAUCGUUGAUUGAUGACGUGUCUCGUAAUCUUCGUGCAUUGAGCAAUCUUGAAUUAAAACUUGAACCUUUGUCUGAACAAUUUGUAGUACAUUUGAUCUGUACUCGCCUUGAUUCUCGUACCAGAAAGGAUUUUGAGCUACAAUCGAUCGAAAAGCAGUUACCGUCAUGGGAAAAAUUGCUCGAGUUUCUUCAAUCUCGUUGUAGAUGUUUGUAG